AGAUAUUAAACCUGAUAAUAUUUUGAUUGAUAAAGAUGGUCAUAUCAAAUUAUCAGACUUUGGUCUUUCUACCGGCUUUCACCGAACGCACGAUUCUGCAUAUUAUCAACGACUUUUGGAUGGAACACUUAAUAGUGGUGGUGCUGGUCACAGACAAUUAGGCAGUGAAGCUAAUAUUAAUUUAACAUUGUCAAGUAAGGACAGAAUCGCCACAUGGAAAAAGAAUCGAAGAGCUUUGGCCUAUUCUACUGUAGGUACCCCUGACUAUAUUGCACCUGAGAUUUUCCUACAGCAGGGUUACGGCCAAGAAUGUGAUUGGUGGUCACUCGGUGCUAUUAUGUUUGAAUGCCUAGUUGGUUAUCCUCCGUUCUGUAGUGAAAGCGCACAUGAAACUUAUCGGAAAAUUAUCAACUGGCGGGAUCAAUUGUAUUUCCCUGAUGAUGUUCAUUUGAGCGCUGAGGCUGAGGAUUUAAUUCGGCGUCUUAUUUGUGCACCUGAACAACGUCUAGGUCAACGUGGUGCCGAAGAAAUUAAAUUACAUCCAUUCUUUUCUGGAGUAGAUUGGGAGACUAUUCGUAACAUUGAAGCACCAUUUGUUCCUAAUCUGAGGUCAAUCACUGAUACUAGCUACUUUCCUACAGAAGAUCUGGAAAAGAUUCCUGACACACCUCAGACAACUGAGCGUGUAUCAAGUACUACUGGCGAAUUUAAUCAAAAGGAUUUAGCUUUCGUCGGUUAUACAUUUAAAAGAUUUGACGAUUUGACAAGAAAGAAUGCUUUGUAA